UAUGAUGAUGGAUUAUAGUUUUGAUAACUUUGAAGUGAAUGAAAGUAGAAUAACUUUGAAUGUAAAUUUGAGUUGUUAUUAUUUUGUAUAGAAAGAUGAAGAAAUAAAGAAGUUAACACUGGAAGAAGACUUACCAGAGAUCAAACGAGCAUAAAUUAUUUUGAUGAAGGGAUAGCAACGUUAAAAAGUAGCUGUAAUUUAUUUCCCAUCCAUUUUUUGUAUGUUAGAUCUAUAACAAUCUACACAGAUUGCUAUCACUUGGUUUUGAUCAAUUGUAUCAAUAUAUACGAGGUGACAUAAUGGAGUAAAGUGAGGAAAUACAGAUAUUGGCAGCAAGAUCUUUGUUAGGUUGCAAAGUGAAGCCAAAAGAAAUCAUCUAAUUGUCACUCCAUUUCAUUUAACUAUAUUAAUGGAAAUUAGCAUAGGCUUGGAUGCCUGUAUUUCAAAGUUUGGUGUUACUGAUUGAUUAUAAAGAAUUUUAGACUUAUUUAGAGAAAUUGAUUAUCCAACUUAGCGAACCGAAAUAGCCCGAAAUCGGCAGAUGGGUUGGGGCUAAGAUGAUUGUAUGCAUUUCUCCUGUGUUGAAGGAUGAAAUGAAAGGACCAAUAUUGGAUCGAGCUCGUUUAUUGUGUUCGGAUCCAGAUCACGAAAUCAGGGAACUAGUUGCAGAUGAAUUACUUACUUGUUUGAUAUGCAACUUGUCAGGAGAAUUGGUAGAACAAUACUUCAUUGACAAGAUCAAUGAGUUGUUGUAUGACACCCAAAUUAAUGUGAAAAAAAGCAUGAUCAAGACUUUCUUGAGGUUUCAGCAUUUGUUGCCCAGAAACAGUUACAAUGUAAUUGUCACAUUAGAUUAGAGCAGAUCAAAGGAACCACCAUUUUCAUUGAUAGUUUGUCCACCAACAACGUAGAAUUGCUGAGUGUGGCUUUGCAAUAUAGUGGAGAGACCUUCGUGCAGAUCCAGGAUUUGAUUAAUGACGAAUUCAAGACCAAAUUCACCCUGUUGUAUCAGAAAUUCGGACAGCAUCAGAAUGAUGAGAUUCGGAAAUGGUAUUUAUAUAAUUUACCUGGAAUCAUCUUACAUCUGCAUGAAGGCCCUCAUGCUAGUUAGAUUUUAAUGCCCUAUGCAGAUAUUUUAAUGUAGGAUAAGAGUCAAUAGAACAAAUUGCUAGCUUGCAAGAUAUUGCAUGAGAUUUCGAAAUAGUUUGAUGUAAUUGAAGUACAUAAAUCUUAAAGUACAGUUAUGUGUUACAAAAGAUGUGGCAUUUGUUUGAGUGUGUGAUCUAGAGUGAAGAUCUUGAUUGCAUAUUAGCCAUCAAUCUACCUGAAAUGUAUAGGUUGUUGUAAGGCAACGAGGAGAAUCAGGAGAAGCUAGUAAUUAUAUAAAUUUAGUAUUCCUCUAGAAAACCUAGUUCAAAGACAUCAAUUAAUAAUUGCAAAAAGUCUACAAAAAAUGCCUAAGCAAUUAUUAAUAUAAUUAACUAUUUUUAGAGCACCUUCUCAAAUUCCUGCAUCUCAUAAACAAAAAGCAUUUUGAGCAAUUCAUCUUGCCCGUCAUCUACAAGGAUUAAUAAACCAUCGAUUCAGACCUCUUAUCCAUGAAAUGUUUGGCUAAAUUCUACAGUGUCUGUCAAGACUACGAAAUCCAAAUGAAGAUCAAAGACACCAUGAAUCUGAUGUUCUUCAGAGGCAACAACAACAAGAGAGUCCGUUACAUCUUUUGGGUGUCCAAUCUGGUACCAUUGAUCAGUAGAAAACGGUUCCAAGAACUCAAUGUACUUAUUGUCUUCAUUCUCCAUCUAGCUCAACCAAGUCGUCUCUUAUAGUUCUGACAAAGCUGCAAGUGUACAAAUACAAUUAAUUAAAUCUUUGCCUUAAAUCUACUAAUAUUUGGAACCUAUUGAAUACAACCUCAUUAAAAAUGUGAAGGGUAUAACCUAGCAAUCUUUGGCCAAAGAGGUCUUCCUCUAAAUUCAGUAAAGAUAAUAGCAAAAUCAAAACUUUUAGGAAGAGUAGAACUUGCUCAUUCAAUAAGAAGAAACUGUCUUUACUUAAUUCACUUAACAACAGAAAUAAGAGAAGUAGAAUGAUCUCAUCUAAACUAAUGAAUACGCAAAUAAAUAUCUCAAAAAACCCAUACCCAAAAUGGUCUAAUAACAAUCCAAAAAGACUCCAAAUGCAUCUACUUCUGUGAGGUAUUUAGAUUUUUAAAUAUAUUUUUAAAUUUAGAUUAGCCAAUCAAUCAUUUGGUGAACUUACUCCUUAAUAAUAAUAAUAACAACAAUUUAAAAGAGUUCGUCGAUAUACUGAUGCUGCCAAAUCAACUUCCAAACCUUCAUCUAGACCUAGCGGAUUUCCACAAAAAUGAGAUUACGAAUAUUAAUUUAAAA